AUGUCUUUUACAAAGCUGUAUUUCCUCUGCCCGACAUCUGAUUUUAUACAUCCACCACCAACGGGCCCGCUUUGUCUUGGAUCUAUAAUCCGCUCCACUUCCGCACCACAAUUCCCUCUGAAUAGAGGGAACGUCGUCGCCGUGGCUGAUGCAUAUCCACCCGUCGUGGAAACGGACUGGAAAAAGACCAUUUCCACCGAAAACAGCUUCGGGUUUGGUGUUUAUGCACAGUUUCUGCAACUGGCCACCGCUGGACUGCCCCUGGGUUCCGAGCUGAACAUUGAUCAUGCCAACAAGACGGCGAGUGUCUUCGCCUUUGACGCCAUGACGACGUUGGCCUUUGAGCCAACGCAAGAAUACGUAGAACAGGCCGUCAAGGUCCCGGCCGUGCAGGCGUGGCUGAGGGAACCCAAACAAAAGUUUGCACCCUCCAGCUCGCUCUUUCUUGUCACGGGUAUCAAGCUUGUCCAAGGCGCCAAGAUCAAAUACUCAACUUCGCGCAGCACGGCAGUCAAUGGGAAUCUUGGUAUUGAUGUGCCUUCAUUUGGUAUAACCUUGGGACCCAAAGGCCACUGGACCAGAGCAAAUGACGACGCGACCGAGUCCAAUCGCGAGUCGGAAUUCGUAUUUGCAUUCCGCGUGAAGAGGCUUAAGUUUGGGCGAAGACUGAAGCUUGAAGAGUAUAACAAGGGCGCGUUCAUGGGCGUUGGUGGAGAGGGAGAAGAUGACGAAUGUGUUUUGAUUGAGGACGUGGAUGGGGCUGAUAUCAAGACUGCUCGGGCCGUUUCUGAUGUGACUGAGAACGGCAAUGUCUAUUGCGCCCGCCCUUGA